AUGCUUUUUAGGACAAAUCGCAUAUAUGUGUGUUAUGUGCUAAUACUGUCAAUAUAUAUAUCCGAUUUGGAAUCCUUCAAAAUAAGAUAUGGAAGAGAAAAGUGUCGUAUAGAUAAGUUGAAAAGAAGAAAGGGAGUUAUAUUGGACAAGUUAAACAACUAUUUGAAAACCAGAGGUUACGGUAUAUUUAACCUGAAGGCAGUUUCUGAAGAUUCCAUAGUAAAUUCUGAGCCAAUUCCAGUUUACGAUAAUCUCUUGAACCCUUCUACAGACAAGAGUAAAUACACACUGUCGAAUAAAUCAAUUAAGAAAAGAAGAAUAAAGAAUCCUAUAGUUCCUAUCAAUUUUGAAAAGUUUAACCCGCUCUUCAGAAAGAUAUCGCCACUGAGAACAUAUAGAACCAGUAUAGACUAUAACAAUAGGCCUGGAAGGUUGGAGCCGGAUAAGUAUAGAAACGAUUUCAUAGAGUCAGAUAGCUGGGAUAUACACCCGAGUAGAAUUCGAGUUAGAGGAAAAUAUUUCUCGAAGCUGUACGAGUACGAGUUGAAAGAGCCUAUGAAGCGCCACGAAAGAGAUACAGGAUCGCCAGAAGUAGUAGUAGCAGCCAUAACAGCAAAAAUUGACUACCUUGUACACCACUUACAACAACACAGAAAGGACAAUCAAGCGAAGAGGCAGAUAACGAAAUUGGCAUUUAACCGUAGAAGGUUGUUGAAGUAUUUAUAUCGCACGAGGAGGGAAACGUAUGACAUGCUGACGGACACGUUCGAUAUACACUUCGAGGACGACUUUUCACCAUUAACUAAAAUAAUAAAGAAGAAUACACACCUAUACCAUCAGAAAACGAAGAGAUAUCGAACGGCAAAGGAGAGAAAGGAAGAUUUAUACAAGAAGUCACUUGGGAAGAAGCACUGA